AGAAUCAACUAGAAUGGGUGAUUACGUGACUCCCGGCGAGGAGCCACCACAACCGGGCAUCUAUCGAAGUGAGCAGAUGUGCCUGGCUCAACUCUACCUUCAAUCUGAUGCUUCCUAUCAAUGCGUUGCUGAACUGGGAGAGCUCGGACUUGUUCAGUUUCGUGAUCUUAAUCCCGAUGUGAGCUCCUUCCAACGAAAAUAUGUAAAUGAAGUCAGACGGUGUGAUGAAAUGGAACGAAAAUUGAGAUAUCUUGAACGAGAAAUUAAAAAAGAUCAGAUCCCGAUGCUGGAUACUGGUGAGAAUCCAGAUGCUCCACUUCCACGAGAAAUGAUUGAUUUGGAGGCAACAUUCGAAAAACUCGAGAACGAACUUCGCGAGGUCAAUAAGAACGAGGAAACGCUGAAGAAAAACUUUUCAGAGCUCACAGAGCUGAAACAUAUUUUACGAAAGACUCAAACUUUCUUCGAAGAGGUUGAUCAUGAUCGGUGGCGAAUUCUGGAAGGCGGAAGUGGACGACGAGGACGUUCUACAGAACGUGAAGAAACGCGACCCCUUAUUGAUAUUGGAGAUAUGGACGACGAUUCAGCUGCACGGAUGUCAGCUCAAGCUGCGAUGCUACGUCUUGGAUUUGUUGCUGGUGUAAUUCAACGGGAACGUCUUCCCGCAUUUGAGCGACUUCUUUGGAGAGCGUGUCGUGGUAAUGUCUUCUUGCGAACAAGCGAGAUUGAUGAUGUACUCAAUGAUACGGUCACUGGAGAUCCAGUCAACAAGUGCGUCUUCAUCAUCUUCUUCCAAGGAGAUCAUCUUAAAACGAAAGUUAAGAAAAUUUGUGAAGGAUUCCGCGCAACGCUUUACCCCUGUCCUGAUACUCCACAAGAAAGACGAGAAAUGUCAAUUGGUGUGAUGACUCGUAUUGAAGAUCUCAAAACUGUUCUCGGACAGACACAGGAUCAUCGUCAUCGUGUUCUUGUCGCUGCAUCGAAGAAUGUUCGAAUGUGGCUCACAAAAGUACGGAAAAUCAAGUCGAUCUACCAUACACUAAACCUUUUCAAUAUCGAUGUUACACAAAAGUGCUUGAUCGCCGAGGUUUGGUGUCCGAUUGCUGAGCUUGAUCGUAUCAAGAUGGCGCUGAAACGUGGAACAGAUGAGAGUGGAAGUCAAGUUCCGUCAAUUUUGAAUCGAAUGGAGACAAAUGAAGCUCCUCCGACAUACAAUAAGACGAACAAGUUCACAAAAGGAUUCCAAAACAUUGUUGAUGCAUAUGGAAUUGCAACAUAUCGAGAAAUAAAUCCAGCUCCAUACACAAUGAUCUCGUUCCCUUUCCUUUUUGCUGUGAUGUUCGGUGAUAUGGGGCACGGAGCCAUCAUGUUACUUGCUGCUCUUUUCUUUAUUCUCAAAGAGAAACAACUCGAAGCGGCACGAAUCAAAGAUGAGAUCUUCCAAACAUUCUUUGGAGGUCGUUAUGUGAUCUUUUUGAUGGGAGCUUUCUCAAUAUACACUGGAUUCAUGUACAAUGAUGUCUUCUCGAAAAGUAUCAACACAUUUGGGUCAUCAUGGCAGAAUACAAUUCCUGAAAGUGUUAUUGAUUAUUACCUGGACGACGAGAAACGAUCAGAAUCUCAGCUUAUUCUUCCACCAGAGACAGCUUUUGAUGGAAAUCCGUAUCCAAUUGGAGUGGAUCCAGUUUGGAAUCUUGCCGAAGGAAACAAAUUGUCAUUCCUCAACUCGAUGAAAAUGAAAAUGUCCGUAUUAUUCGGAAUUGCUCAAAUGACAUUCGGAGUUCUCCUCUCAUAUCAAAAUUUCAUAUAUUUCAAAUCUGAUCUUGAUAUUAAGUACAUGUUCAUUCCACAAAUGAUAUUCUUGUCAUCGAUAUUCAUUUAUCUGUGCAUCCAAAUCCUUUCAAAAUGGCUAUUCUUCGGUGCUGUUGGUGGAACUGUUCUUGGCUACAAGUAUCCUGGUUCGAAUUGUGCUCCAUCCCUUCUCAUCGGUCUCAUCAACAUGUUCAUGAUGAAAAGUCGUAAUGCUGGAUUUGUGGAUGACAGUGGUGAAACAUAUCCACAGUGUUAUUUGAGCACUUGGUAUCCUGGACAGGCAACAAUCGAAAUAAUACUUGUGGUGUUGGCGUUGGUGCAGGUUCCGAUUAUGUUGUUUGCGAAACCAUAUUUUCUGUAUCGCCGAGACAAGCAACAAUCGAGAUAUAGCACUUUGACAGCAGAGUCAAAUCAACAUCAGAGUGUUCGUGCUGAUAUCAACCAGGAUGACGCAGAAGUUGUUCACGCGCCAGAGCAAACUCCAAAACCAAGUGGUCACGGACAUGGGCAUGGUGAUGGGCCACUUGAGAUGGGGGAUGUGAUGGUGUACCAGGCUAUUCACACAAUCGAGUUUGUUCUUGGAUGUGUGUCACAUACUGCUUCAUACCUUCGUCUUUGGGCUCUUUCAUUGGCUCAUGCUCAGCUCUCUGAUGUUCUCUGGACAAUGGUUUUCCGUAAUGCAUUCGUUUUGGAUGGAUACACUGGAGCUAUUGCCACUUACAUUCUCUUCUUCAUCUUUGGAUCGUUGUCAGUGUUCAUUUUGGUACUCAUGGAAGGUCUUUCCGCAUUCCUUCACGCUCUUCGUCUUCAUUGGGUCGAGUUCCAAUCAAAGUUCUAUGGAGGGCUUGGAUAUGAGUUCGCUCCAUUCUCAUUCGAAAAAAUCCUUGCUGAAGAGCGUGAAGCUGAGGAGAAUCUCUAAGAUCACCUCGGCCACUUCAAACAGUGUGACAUCGACGUUCGACAAAUCUUUAAUUAUUUAUUUCUAGUAGAUAUAUACUUCUAUUUGAAUAUUGUGUCGUGUUGUGCUUUUUUCUUCUUGUGUUUGUGCAUAGAGUUUCCCCUCAUCCCCCAGCCAUCUCCUUUCUCUAAAAUUGUUCCAUUUUCCUUUCGGUGACCAGAAUCUGAAUUUUCUUCUUCUCGCAUUUUUAAAAUUCAUCUUAUUUUCUUCUAAAUUCUUGCUUCCUGUCUCUAUUUCUUUUCAUAUUUCAGUCUAGUUCUCUUCUAUUGUGAUGACUUUAUGUAUUUCUUCUUAAUUUAUUCCUUUUCUUGAAAGUACCGAUCGCUCGGGAUUUCCAUUUUCGCCAAUAUUUUGUAUUUCGGUAUUGCAAGCUUUCUAAUCAUUUAGUAAAUCAUAUUUUUAUUUUAAGUUUUUUCUUUUCGUAAAUUUAGUUUGUCUCGAAUUUUCGAUUGCCGAUCGUCAUCGCCACUAACCGUUGAAUAAAUAAGUUGAUUGC